UGACCACUGAGAUCCUACAGUGUGACAUGGCUUACAGCGGGGAUCAAGUCCAUACAGUCUGACAAGCAACAGUCGCAAAGAACUAUUUUAAAGAAUCGUACAGUGUGAACACGGCUUUAGUUGAGGGGAGAAAAAAGAUUGCGAAGGUUUUCAACUCAAUUGCAAUGCACCUCACAGGCAGCAAAUUAGAACCCGCUUCCUUAUCCUCCCUCUUAGGUGGUGAAUAUACACUACUGACCUCUGCUGGUGGAUUAAAUCAACGCUCUCUGUACCCGGAAGUCGCGUCGGUUAGUAAGGCAGAUAGCUCGUGUGAUUUCUCGAACCCGUCUCCGGUUUGUUUUGUGUCCCAACCUGCGAACUGUUAGCCGGGAUCUGCUGAUCGGAUUGAGGAAAGAUUUUUGUUCUAAAAUUUUUUUUUUUUUUUUUUUUUUUAAAUCUCCGCUGUCAGUCGCCGAGCAGCAUGGGCCCUGGCUAGAACCUUCUGGAAAGACCGGAGCUUUUAGUUUCGAGCACAACCCGAUUCUGUUCUGGGAGUUGCAACGCCGCCAAAAUAGCCGGCCCGAGCAGGAAGCGGCGCAGCUCGGACUCAGACCCCAGUGAAAGCGGCUCGGGCGGCGGCAGCGAGGUGAGGGACAGCCGCCCCGUCAGCGGCAAGUGGCUGAAGAUGGCCAGCAGCAGCUCUGCAUCGGGCGACGCGAGCCGCAGGAGAGCGCAGAGAGGAGCUGAGGAGAGCAGCAGCAAGAAGAAGCAAAAAGAUCGGGCUAACCAAGAGAGCAGAGAGGCCAAGCGUGCUGCAACUGCGGCUAACCAAGAGACGAAGAAAGAUAUAUUUCUAGACUGGAAGCAGAAUGCAGAUGAGGUGAUAGUCAGGCUGCGAUGUGGAGAGGGUGCACUGAAGGUGGAGAAUGUCGACUCUGCCUUUUCAGAUACAGCCUGCCAAGUCCGCUUCCCAGAUGGCCGUGAGUGGAGCUGUCACCUACACGCUGAGAUAGAGAGCUCCUGCAGUAAAUUGCUGUACAAGGAGAAAGGCAGCAUUUUGCAGCUCGUCAUGCACAAGAAGAUCCCCUUCAACAACUGGCCCACUCUUAUGAACAACAAAGAGAACGACCCAGUAAACAUCUUGAGGGAGAAUGGAUGCAGUCACAAGUCCUCAACAGAGCUGUCUGGGAAGUCCAUGUCGGGCUCUGAAACACUCAAAACGUCCAGCAGAGCAGAAGCACAGGCGCCACCGACAGAUCAGAAAGGCAGUAAACCUGACCGUGGUGUAAAAAGAGGGCUGAAGAACAAACAGGCGGAGAACUCUGAGAAUGCAGGCGUCAGAGUAUCCGAGACCAAGCCAGGCUGUAAAGGAGACCAGACUCCUGAGCCCACUGCCAAGAGAAUUGUCCGUCCUUCCAAAAGCACAAAGGAGCCCACUGUAGCAUCAAGUCCUGCACGAGAGCAUCAGCCCAAACCAGUAGUCAACAGCACACCCAUAACAAGCCAUGGAUCUGCCUCCGUGUCCUCUGUUCCCCAAGAAGGCAAAUCAGAACCCCAGGUUAAAGCAUGCCAGGGGUCACAAAAAGAGAAAGAGAUUGAAAAAAAGACAGACAGAUGCACUCAGGCUGAAGCAGGUAAAAAUAAGGAUCAGGUAACUGUUUGUGAGCCAAGGCCUGAGCCCCAUGAGCCUUCUGCUCCCAGAGUAAUACCUCCAACCCCUGGAGAAACCUGUAUACCUGGGGAGACCAGCAGAGAAGGAACUGCUCCAGAAGACAGAGAGAAAAACAAAGAGCAAGGGGGGACUGAUGGUGCUGUGCAGGACCGAAGACAGACAGAUGCUCCAGCCCACCAUCUGGGAUCUGGGGAGACCAUUCCAACAAUUGACUCCAAGAGGCAAGAGUUUAAAAAUACAGAGGAGGAGAAGAGGGACAGAUCUAAAGAGGAGCCAUGUGAGAAGAUUCUUGAGAAGAAGGACAGAGGCCCAGAGCCAAUGGUGAACCUGUCUUUUGUGAAGAAUGACUGGUAUGAGAAAGGGACGGACCUGAUGGUUGUCAAUGUCUACUUGAAGGAAAUCUGUAGGGAGAUUUCCAGGGUGCUCUUCAGGGAACAAGACUUCACCCUUAUCUUCCAGACCAGUGAUGCUAAUUUUUUACGUCGACAUCCGGACUGUGGACCAAACACUGUCUUCAAGUGGCAAAUCAAACUCAGGAACAUGAUUCAGCCGGAACAGUGCAGUUUUUCCUUCACGCCAUCACGCAUAGACAUCACCCUGAGGAAGAGGCACAGUCAGCGAUGGGGAGGUCUGGAAGCCCAAGUUCCACAAGGUGCAGUGGGGGGCGCGAAGGUUGCUGUGCCCUCCGGGCCUUCCUCCCUCGACAAGAAUCAGCCAGGGAGCAGUCAGCAUGCUCUGCCUGCCAAGGAGGAGCCGCGGGCUGGGGAGGAGAAGCCUAAGUCCUCUCGGGCUCCAGAGGACGGUACUUUAGAUGCCGUGGUUCCACGCUCUGUCUCUGAUCAUGUACCUAUCAAGCAAGAGCCAGCCAUUACCACGCCGAAGCCCACCUGCAUGGUGCAGCCGAUGACCCACGCUCCACCUGCAGGCAGUGAGCGACCCGAGGAAGAGGAGGAGAAGAAGGUGUGUCUCCCUGGCUUCACAGGACUGGUCAACCUGGGAAACACAUGCUUUAUGAACAGCGUGAUCCAGUCUCUCUCCAACACACGGGAACUAAGAGACUAUUUCCAUGACCGGGCAUUUGAGACAGAGAUCAACUGUAAUAACCCCCUAGGCACAGGUGGCAGGUUGGCCAUUGGGUUUGCGGUGCUGCUGCGCACUUUGUGGAAAGGCACUCACCAUGCUUUUCAACCCUCCAAAUUAAAGGCAAUAGUGGCCAGUAAGGCCAGUCAGUUUACAGGUUAUGCUCAACAUGAUGCCCAAGAAUUCAUGGCCUUCCUUUUGGAUGGUCUGCACGAGGACCUGAACCGUAUCCAAAACAAACCGUACACAGAAACCGUGGAUUCAGAUGGCCGCCAGGAUGAGGUUGUAGCGGAGGAAGCAUGGCAAAGGCACAAGAUGAGAAAUGAUUCUUUCAUUGUUGAUCUGUUCCAAGGCCAGUAUAAAUCAAAGCUUGUGUGCCCAAUGUGUGCAAAGGUUUCCAUUACCUUUGAUCCCUUCCUAUACCUGCCUGUUCCUCUACCUCAGAAACAAAAGGUGCUCACUGUCUUCUAUUUUGCUAAAGAGCCCCACAAGAAACCGGUCAAGUUUUUGGUGAGUGUUAGUAAAGAGAACUCAAGCACAGCAGAAGUGUUGGAGUCUAUUUCCCGGAGUGUGAGAGUCAAACCAGAGAACCUAAGAUUGGCAGAGGUGGUGAAAAAUCGUUUCCAUCGGAUAUUCUUGCCUUCUCACUCCCUGGAUACUGUUUCAUCUGUCGACAUGCUCUUUUGCUUCGAGGUCUUGUCCAAAGAGCUGACUAAGGAGAAAGUGGUGCUGCUUAGGGUCCAUCAGAGGCUUCAGGUUCCCAGUAUUCCUGUAGCCAAGUGUGCUGCCUGCCAGAAACCUCCUCUGUCAGAUGAAGAGAAACUGAGGCGCUGUACACGCUGCUAUCGUGUGGGCUACUGCAACCAGGCUUGCCAGAAGAACCACUGGCCCAACCAUAAAUCUCUAUGCCGGCCCAACUUUGAGAAUGUGGGACAGCCAUUUUUGAUCAGUGUGCCUGAGUCAAGGCUGACCUACACCCGCCUCACUCAGCUCCUUGAGGGGUAUUCCAGGUAUUCGGUGAAUGUUUUCCGUCCUCCGUUCCAGUCAGGUCGGACAUCGCCUGAGGCGAGUGUGUCUCGUGCUGAUCACCCUCUACCAACCGGUUCAGUUGUUGAGGGACCUGUGGCAGAUGAGGAAGAACUUCAUGUAACUGAAGCAGGGGAUGCUCAGGAACAGGACAAUGUGUCUCCUGAAAUGGCAACAACACAGGUUUCCGCUCACUCAGCAGAAGACCUGAACACUCUGUCCACUCGCACCACAGACUCUGGCUUCUCUGAACUGUCUAGCUCCCAGGAUCUUUUUGGAGAGAAAGAAACAUCAUGUGAAAAGGCUGUGAAACCAGAAGCUGCCAUCACAGGGUACCAACAACCCUUAGACUGUAGCUACAGGAGUGGCUCUCAGUUCUAUAUCUCGCUACAAGAUGCCGACAACAAGGAACUAAAACUUGAAGACAAAGGUGAUGGAGUACUGGAGGUGUCUGAAGACUGCGCCUUGGAGCUGGUGUGGAAGAAUAAUGAGCGGCUAAAAGAGUAUGUGCUGGUGCGUUCCAAAGAGCUGGAGUUUGAUGAGGACCCAGGCUCUGCCAGCGAGACCGCCAGGGCAGGACACUUUACGCUUGAGCAGUGCCUCAACCUCUUCACCAAGCCUGAGGUGCUAGCACCUGAAGAAGCAUGGUACUGUCCAAAAUGUCAGCAACACAGGGAGGCCUCCAAGCAGCUUCUGCUUUGGCGUCUGCCGAAUGUGCUCAUCAUCCAGCUCAAACGAUUUUCCUUCCGGAGCUUCAUCUGGAGAGACAAAAUCAAUGAUAUGGUCGACUUCCCUGUGAGGAACUUGGACUUGAGUAAGUUCUGUAUUGGCCAGAAGGAAGAUGUCCAGCAGCCCCCUAUUUAUGACCUAUAUGCUGUUAUAAACCACUAUGGAGGAAUGAUCGGAGGUCACUACACAGCCUAUGCUCGUCUACCCAAUGACAAAAACAGUCAGCGCAGUGAUGUUGGCUGGCGUCUGUUUGAUGACAGCACCGUGACUACAGUAGAAGAGAGCCAGGUGGUGACGCGCUAUGCCUACGUGCUGUUCUACCGGCGUAGGAACUCUCCUGUUGAGCGACCGCCUCGUCUGCUCGACCCGCUGGGAGCCGAGUCUCCUGCUGCAGCUGGAGCUGCUGCCAGUCAGGCGUCUCUGAUAUGGCAGGAACUGGAGGAAGAAGCAGAAGGGCAACAAGGCGCAUCCUCCUGGGGCCUCUUUCGGCCCAGACUCCAACCGAGAAGGCCCAGGACAAGGCUGGAGGAAGAGGAUGACCGCCAUGGAGGGCUCACAUGGCGCAGACAGGAACGAGUUUCUGAUCAUUCAGAUGAUGAUCGUACCAAAUAUUUCCUCUUGGGCACUAUGGCCGCAGUGUUUGCAUUGCUGCUCAACAUUAUCUGUCCCCUGAUAUACAAGUCUCAUUGGGGAUAAGCUGAAAAGUGUCACACAUUUAGAGUGUAUAUAUGUACAGUGUGUGUUGUUUAUUUCUAUAUAAAUACACACACAUGCACGCACACACACAUGUAACGUGUAUCUAGAAUAUACACAAAAGGGAGUUACUGUAGCUGGAUGGUUUAUUUAUUGUGUAGAUGAGGCUCUGGGCCUCUCUGUGACUUCUAUAUAAAAAUGGGAUGAAUUUUUUUUUUUUUUUUUUUUUAAAUAAUGUCUGUUUAUCUAUUUCUUUGAUUUUGAAAUACAGGAAUGUAUCAUAAAAUGAAUUCCUAAUUUUUAUUUUACAGUACAGUAAUUUUUACUAUUUAAGAAGCAAACCUUAAGAAACCUGAUUACAGGGCAAACUCAGGGCAUCCUGUAACUCUGUUUUAUACCAUUAGCAAUGUUUACCCUCUUAUUUCAUAUUAAUGUCACAUCGAUCAUGUAACAGCCUUCAGAUUUAGGUUGGGGGGAAAAAGUCUUAAACUUGUUAACACACCGACUUUGCAUUUGAGUUUAAUAUACUCUCAUGGAAAUAUAAAGCUCCGUAUAGCCAUUUGCUCACAACUCAAGUCAGUCCAUAAUGGCGAUUCUUAUACUGCGUAAAUAUAUAUGUGUAAAUAUGUAUUUUCUGCGGCGAGUUUCUUACUAAUAGGUGCUGCCAUCCGUCCAGCAUGAAGACAGCUUUUUUUGUUAUAAUGUCAAGUCACGUGGCUUAACCUCUCCAAAUGGUCUGAAAAAAUACGCUGUUGAUUUUGCUUUGUUUUGAUUUGAUUUUCCUCUCUCUCCCUAAAUUUAUUUAUUUAUUUCUUUUUUUAACUUCGUGUUAGGUGGUGGUAAUAUCACUGUCUUUUCUUACCCUUUUCAUUCCCAUGCUGGCUUUUGUUUAGAGGUGUGUGCAGGACUUUGACCAGGUUAGAGCAGUUUUAAAGCUAAAUGAAAGAAAGCAGCAAAUGCAUCACACAGUGUCACAAUACGUCUCACAUGAGCUCAUGUUAAUGAAUGUGGUCUUUCUUUCUCCUGUGGGCUUCAUAUCUGACUUCCCAUUUCUGACCACAACAAAGUUCACAAAUAAAAAUAAAAAUGUUUUGAAAAACCUUUUGUUGAUUCCUGUGGGAUCUCAGUCCUGAUGAACACCUCUAGGUUCGUAAAUGUUAUUAGACAUCCAGCAAUGUGUUUUCUUGAGGCUUCAUGAGGCAUUUUGUGGGCCUUCACUUUGUAAGGGAAUGUAGUAUUAGCUGGAGUGGUCAUGGUCUCAGGGAUGUAAAUCUAUAAUAGCCAUUUAUACUGCAGUGUGUAUAAUUGGCUUCAGUAACCGAUUUUAAUACCACUGAACUAAAUAUAAAAUUGUGGGCGGCUGUGGCUCAGGUGGUGGAGCGGGUUGUCCGCUAAUCGUAGGGUGGGCAGGUGGAUUCCCGGCCCACGUGACUCCACAUGCCGGAGUGUCCUUGGGCAAGACACUGAACCCCAAGUUGCUCCCGAUGGCAAGCUAGCGCCUUCCAUGGUCGCUCUGCUACCAUUCGCAUGCGGCGUGUGUGAAUGAGACACAGUGUAAAGAAGUUUGUAGAAGCACUAAGAUAAAAAAAUUUAAACAAUUUACCAUUUAAACAAUUUAUUCCAUAUUUGUGAUUUGUAUAUGCUGUUGCACCUUUGCAUAUACUGUACACCCACCCUGAAACUGGAAGAACAGCCAUUUUCUGUAUGAUGUUGGGGGGGUGUGUGUGUGUGUAUGUGUGUGUGUAUAUAUAUAUAUGUAUAUAUAUGUGUGUGUGUGUGUGUGUGUGUAUAUAUAUAUAUAUAUAGUAACUUUUAAAUGGUUCUUGUUUUCCACAUCAUUCUCAUGAGAAUCUUCAGAAGAGUCUUGGAGAGGUGUAAAAUGUGACUUUACAUAUAGACUUUACAUUUCCAUAUAUCUGUUGUGUAUAUUUUUGCAACGAGGCAACAUUUGGUUUAGAUUAAUUCUAUCAUGUAAUUAUCAGUUGGCUUGUGCAUACGGUGUAAAAUACUUCUACAUGUUUUAGAACAUGUUUUAUAAUAUGUUUAUUAAGUUAUUUAUGAUCGUAUUCUAUUGUCACAGCAAUAAUCAUAACAGAAUCUACAGCAGUGUACUAUGUGCUGUAGUAGAGUUACCUGUACUUCUGUUUUGUAAAUAAAAUGACAGUUUUCCAUUGCACAAA